UCUAGCCUGGUUUCAUAAAGACAGCUUCUGCCCUGCACACUCCUCCCCCUUCCCUCACAACACAACAAGCUUAAACUAGCUGGCUUGCUCAAAGCUACGCGGUCAUUGCAUAUCCGAAACCCAAUCUCUGUCUCGCUCAAUUUAAAACCCAAGCUGCCAUGUCGCUCCACGGCAAGCGAAAAGAGAUCUACAAAUACGAGGCGCCAUGGACGGUUUACGCAAUGAACUGGAGCGUCCGACCGGACAAACGAUUUCGCCUGGCUCUUGGAAGUUUCGUUGAAGAAUAUAACAACAAGGUGCAGCUAGUGGGCCUGGAAGAGGAGAGUUCAGAGUUCAUCUGCAGAAAUACUUUUGACCACCCCUACCCAACCACCAAGAUUAUGUGGAUUCCCGACACCAAAGGCGUAUACCCAGACCUGCUUGCCACCAGUGGCGACUACCUGCGUAUCUGGAGGGUCAGUGACACAGAGACACGCCUGGAAUGCUUGCUGAACAACAAUAAAAACUCAGAUUUCUGCGCCCCACUCACCUCUUUUGACUGGAACGAAGUGGAUCCGAAUCUACUUGGCACCUCCAGUAUUGACACAACUUGCACUAUCUGGGGCUUGGAGACUGGCCAGGUGUUAGGUCGUGUCAACCUGGUGUCUGGUCACGUUAAAACCCAGCUCAUCGCUCACGACAAAGAGGUGUAUGAUAUUGCUUUUAGUCGUGCCGGCGGUGGGAGGGACAUGUUUGCGUCAGUGGGUGCUGAUGGCUCUGUGCGCAUGUUUGAUCUUCGUCAUCUGGAACACAGCACCAUCAUCUAUGAAGACCCCCAACACCACCCACUGCUACGUCUGUGCUGGAAUAAACAGGACCCCAACUACCUGGCUACCAUGGCGAUGGAUGGCAUGGAGGUGGUUAUCCUGGACGUACGCGUUCCGUGCACACCUGUAGCCCGUCUCAACAACCACCGGGCGUGCGUCAACGGCAUCGCCUGGGCCCCUCACUCCUCCUGCCACAUCUGCACUGCAGCGGAUGACCACCAGGCACUGAUCUGGGACAUCCAGCAGAUGCCUAGGGCCAUCGAGGAUCCCAUCCUGGCCUAUACUGCUGAGGGGGAAAUCAACAACGUCCAGUGGGCUUCUACCCAGCCUGACUGGAUUGCCAUCUGCUACAACAACUGCCUAGAGAUUUUGCGUGUGUAAACCCAACCACAGUGGACUGGGGUGAAAGUAUACAAAACUUGGACUUGUUUGGGUUUUUUUGAGAGUGAAAUAUAGUCAGACUCUUUGCCUCAACACAAUUCUCUCUCCACAUGGACACGCCUUUGGAAUGGAGAAUCUAGGAAAUCUCCCUAGCUCUUGGGGGUUUCCAUUGUUCUACUCCACAACAUCUUAGUUUACUGUUUUUUAUUGAUCUCACCUUUAUUUCAAGUCGAGUGUGCACUAUUUAUUUGUUUUGUUUGUAGUGGUGUUCAGUGUCUGUAGAGCUCUAACAUGCAUCAGUGUCCAGUUUGGUGCAACUGUUACUGCUGAUCAGUUGUCAAUGGAAACACAGAUUUCAGACUGAUCUGCUUCUGCGUGUCAAAAAGAAAAGCCAACCAAUAUAUUAUUAUAAAGGGACAGUUGAGGUCUUGUGGUUGAUUAUAACAACGUAUGGCGAGUGAAUAUGGACAAUGAACCAGUGCCACAGCACUUAUCAUUUUGGGUCACAACCAUUUUAAAUACCCUUGGUGUUUCAUUUUUUUCCAUACACAUAGAAAAGAUUAGUACACUGUAUUUAAUGCCAGCUACCCAUGAUAGUACUGAGAUUGGUGUGGUCUGUGUUGACAGAUGCAAUGUAAUAUCAGUUAAGGGACUAGGAAGAAUAUUAAAUGUUCUCAAUGUCAGUGGUCAUUCCUACCUGUGUGGGAAGCAUCGUCCAGAACAGAGCCAGACUGAACCAGUCAUUUCAUCUUCCAUGUCAUACGUUUUUAUAGUUUAAAUAGAGAUGUGCCAGGAUUUGCAGUUCCUAUCUUGAGUCAUGACUGUGAUAUGCCGUUUAUUGAAGGAGAGUGAUUUCCUUGUACUAAUCUUUCUCUGUACUUGUAGACCACUCCCUUUAUUUUUUUAAUGUUCUUUACUCCAAUGUCAAACUCUUGUAGCAUGUCUAUACAAGGGAAAAUGUACAUACAUAUAAAUAUAUGAACUAAGAUAUUGAUAAGACAAAUGUUCAUGUAGUACCUUUUUUCAUGAAAGUUUGUAUUACCGAAUUUGCUCUACCCAAAUAAACCUGAAUGUCUGUCCUAU